UGGAAGUUUCGUCCCGCCCUCCCAAAACAAGGGGAGCGAGGGCGCUGAAUUCCAGCCUCCUGAGCCGGGGUGAGGGCACAAACUUCACUCACUAGUCCUCUUCAGGAGCAGACCAGCACUGCGAGGUCAGAGACGCAAGGUAGGCGAUGAGACUUUUGUGGGUGCGAAUUAGUCGAUGUUGUCACGAGUUGAUGAAGCGGACAUUCAGGUUUCCAGUGAGCUACAAGUGUGUGCAGAAGUUAGUGUGUGAAGUCAGAUCAAUACUGUCAUGUUUUGAGCCUGUUUGAUUUGAGAGGAUAUCUUAUUCAUUGAAGUUAACGCUUUAAGGCUUCAAAAGUGACCAUUUCCUUCAGUUUUAACCUGUUCAAUCUGCAAAUAAUAGAAAUAAAUGUCGCUUUAUCACCACAGAUAACACCUAUACGCCCUCACUCUUACAGGAAAGUGUUCACUUUAUCAUUAUUUGCAUUGUUUUUCUUACUCAUUGGCAAUUUUGAAUGAGUAGUGUUUGAGUAUGUUGAGUAUUGAUUGUGCGUAACGUGUGCGCGCACUUGCAGGUCACAGUACGCAGAGGGAUAAAGGUCAGUUUUUGGCUACUGGGAUGGCAAGGCACACAGUCCCUGUUUGAGAUUCUUUGUUGGACUGAUAGCAGAACAAAUAACUCGGUAGAUCCACAGAGAGCAGCUCUACCGGGGUCUUCAGAGGGACAAUAAGCUGAGUUUCAUGCCCAGUCCAUCAAAUUUUCUUUGCAGGUGGUCUGUUGUCUGCGUUACAUUGCAGGCAAUCAUACGGAAUUGGGUUUUGUGAGUGUGCUCUGAAUGUUUAGUGAGAAUUCUUUUUUACAUGGAGACAGAGCUACUCAUGUUUUGUUCAUUUUAUGGAGUCAAUGAUAAUUCAGAGGGCAUCAAAUAUGUAUUUAUUUAUGUUCUACAUGUGUGGCCAGGUGCUCAAGCUAGAAAAAGAUUUUUAUUCAUGAGUGCACAGGCAUUCAGGCAGCCACACUUCAAAUAAGCAAGUUCCCAUGUCUCAUUAUUUUCUCAUCCAAUCCAGUAUUACAGCUCAUGCCUUGUCUGUUUCUGCGGAGGAAAAAAGUAAUCUGUCAAUGUUUGCUAACCUUUGCUGCCUCUCUUAUGGUGGGAAUUUACUCCAAGGGCAUGUAGUUUGGGAAAAAUGUGAUAAGAAAAUAGGUUGUGAAAGAGCACCGCAACCACAAACAUUUUUAGCAGGAAAACAAGUUUAUCAUAAAGAGUUUUUUUUUUCAUUCCCUCUCUCAUAUUGAGUCCUUUUUUAGCAUAAAAUGUCGCUUAAGUCUUUCAGGCUUGGCACAAGUGCAAGAGGGGAGGAAUAACAGGAAAAGUGAAAUAGAAAACACCUGGUUCUCUGAUUUGGAGUCACAUCACUUACUCACAGGAUCAAGUCAGUCAUAGUCUGAUUUCACGGUGCCACGCUGUCUUCAAAGAAUAUUAAGCUCUCUUCUGCACUUUACAUACAAGACUGUAGAUGGGUUAUAAAUAUCUGCUGUUGGUUUGCAUGAUAAUAGAUAUUUGUCAACCCUGUAAGAGUGCGGGUUGCCGGUACAGUUCAUGCUCCACAAGCAGAAAUGAAUUAUCGGCUCAGAUGACUGUAUUUGCACAAAAUUUGCACCAUUCAUCAGUCUUAUGUUUCAUGACGAUUCAGAUAAGAAUUAAGAAAAUAUUUUUGCAGCAAACGGUUUCAAAAGGGAGGGUUUGUUAUUUCAGUGUUUAUUUUUCAUCAGCUGAUAACUUUUGUUCAUUAGUAAUGCACUCAUUUCCAAAGUCAACCCACCCUUUGGCAAAAUUUUCCAUGUGCAAUCAAAUACAAACCGCAGCCUCCAGCUUUCCUGUGGUGCAAAAAGACCGCAGAUGGAAAAAAUGUACAAUCAGCAGGUGGUUAAAUUGAAGCAGACAGGUUUGAAUAUGGAAAGUGAUUUUGAUUGUACAAAUGAAACAUGAAAUAAACCUUUGAUAACUUUCACAGGCUGAAAGACAAGAAAUAUUUUUCUCAUCUGGAGUGAAAUCGAGCCUGAAGUGGCUUUCAUCCUGAAGACCUGCGCUGAGAUUUAAAUUUUUUAAAGUACUUUUGAAAGCAAGAUGGAUAAUCACAGGGCAUUAUUAUUUUUAUGUUGGAUGGUUCUGUUUAUGGACUCCUGUACAAGCCAAAGAGACUGCACAGGUGUGGACUGUCCUUCCCAGGACAACUGCAUUGAGACUGUUUUAGAGAAGGGUGCCUGCUGUCCCACCUGUACACAAAAGGGCUGCACCUGUGAGGGUUACCAGUACUACGACUGUAUCCAGGCAGGCUUCCGGAGGGGGAAAGUCCCAGAGGGAAAGUCUUACUUUGUGGAUUUUGGAAGCACUGAAUGCUCCUGUCCGCAGGGAGGAGGGAAGAUAGGCUGCCAUUUUAUCCCCUGCCCUGAAAUUUCCCCCAACUGCAUUGAUAUUUCCCAGCCUGCUGAUGGAUGUCCUCAAUGUAGACAAAUUGGUUGUACCCAUGGCAACAAGAAGUAUGAGGCGGGACACUCCUUCCAGUUAAAUAAAUGCCAAGUUUGCCACUGUCCAAAUGAAGGUGGAAGGUUAAUGUGCUCACCUAUCCCCGGCUGUAGCCUCCGCAGUUCUAAUAAGCCCUCAAGGGUUACAACUACUGAGAACAACAACCCUUUGAGAGACAUUAACAACCGUCAUGACAGGCAACAAACGACUUCUGUCGGACCACUUUCCAAGCUGGCACUGGGAAACACUUUACCACUGUACAAGCCGGACCCACCCAGUUUUGGCAGAGGGAAUUAUGACUACACGCAGGCAGGGCCAACAUCUUCCACCAUCCAAGAUUUGGCUCAGCCGCCGGAAUCUACUACAGCACCGGCACCUUCCUCAAAGUCAAGCUCCACUUCCUCCAGCUCCGGUGAUUACAGGAGACAGGAGUUGAGGGAAACACAGAGAAGCCCUCUUCCAGAGAGGAGCAGUCAGGCUGAGGACUCACAUCACACCGAUCCCACCACUACAGGUGCUCAGAGCGAAACAUCGACAACAUUAACUACAACAGCCACGGCGACCAUGGAGAACCAACAGCAGGCUGCUGAAAGGGUUGAAAGGCAUAACGGUGAAGGAAACACUUUGAAAGACACAGUACACUCGACCCGUGCAAACAAGGGGGCCAGGCACUCUGGCCAUCACAAACACAGUCAAGGCAGUCGCAUUGGGAACCAUGGUGGCUCCCGUACUGUAGGCCAUAAAGAGCGAGAGAAAGUGACUUCUGAGCGCAGACAGCACCCCAGUAGAGAGGAGCAGGGAUCCUACCCUACAAUACAGUUCAGCCCCACCAACAGAGCUCCAGUCAGGAUGAAAGAGGAUGGAGAGCAGCCUCAAAGACAACCCCAGACCCUCCUCAACUACCACACUCAGGAUGCAGAGGAGGAUGCUGAGAGUAAGUCAGAAUUUUCUUUUUUUAAUGGGGUGAGUUUUUCAUGCCUUUGUGAGGGGAGUGGAGCAGCGGGCAGAGCAGGAAACCGAGAUGAGAGAGCAAGGUAUGACAUUCAGCAAAGGGAUGUGAGGCCAGGCUGCCCGCUUUAGGGUCUAUAGCCUCAGUACAUGAAGCGUAUAAGUCAGCUGCUUGGCAAAACUGGCUAAGUCAGAAUAUCUUCCAAGUUUUUAGAAACUGUCUUAAAUUUCACAUCAUUCUUCAGUGGUGUGAAAUAACUUUAAUGGGGCUUCAUAAAUUCCUGGUUAAUGGACAAAAAUGUUAACAUUAUCAUUUAAUGGUGUGAUAUGAUUGUUUAAUUUGCAGGGUGUAAAGUCCUCACCUGUAGUAAUGUUAGCUGCAAAGUGGUUGAAUGGUGAUCUUAGGUGUUUCCUGAUGGUAGUUAAUGGGUUACCUUGACAUUUAGACCAAACUUAAGCCUCCCACCCUGAUCAUAACAUCAAGGGGGAAAAGGCCACCGUUCCAGUUUGCUUUAUUACAAUGUUAGCCCAUUGCUCUUUCAGGAGAUCGUUUCCUUUUCUCACAUCCUGCCUUUUGAGGUGGAAUUCUUAAUCGCUCUUUUCUAGCUGGCAGUGGUCCAGAAGAAACAAUCGUUCAUGAAGAGUCUGUUUUCCCUCGAUAGCAUUUAUCCACCCGAGCCACGAGACUACCACACUAAGUGUGUACUUAUUUUCAUACAUUCAGGUUGAAAGAAUCCUGCAUUUAUUCCUCUUGAGGGUUUUAAAUAGUAUGUAGCACACAGCCAGGCAGCAUAUUUACAUUAUCAUGCCUCCUCAUAUAUCCGAUAAACCCUGCAAGUGCUGCUGAAAAUUGCAAUUUAUCGUAUUUAUCCUCCUGUGAGCACUCUCUCCCCGCCUAUAUCCUUAUUGUGAUUCUCAAUAUGCGCUCAAACAGGUCAUCUCCCCUUUAGGGCAAACGGGCCAGUCUACCGCAGAGGAGAGAGCAGAUGAUGAAGUGAUAACAAGACUGUCUAGAAAAUGAGAAACACUGCUGUGUGAAGAAUAAGAAAUAAAACACCAUGUCUUAUUCCAAAAUGUAAAGUAAGGUUACAUUAAAUUAAAAAUUAAUAUACCCAUAAUCAAAUCUGGCGCCGUAAAAUCCUCAAAAUGUGUGAUGCUGUAGCUUAAAGGAAUAAUGUGAUUUUACACAGCCCCAUAACUGUGAAUGAUUAAUAAACUGCAGCCGAGGAAACCUAAUUAGAUCAUCACCUCCCUUACAGUAUGACUUUAUUGCUCAGGGUAGUCCCACAGUAUCCCAUGUUCCCUAUUAUUCUAAAAUAUGAAUGAGUUAAAUGUAUUAGGUCGUUUCAUUCCUAUUACCGCGUCAGUGAAUCUUUUGCAAAAGCGGAUUCGGCGAGGACUCUGAGAUCUCGUAUGAGGUGUUUUGUCCGGCAAACUGCAGUCUGUAGGCGUGUGGUUAACCUACUUUACAACACUAUGAUUUUUGUCCAGACCUGUCAGGGCUUUUCUUUCCUUUCAGCACCUGGCCCUCAUAGGUAUGUAUCGUUUAAGCUGAGCCCAUGUGUGAGGUGCUUCUGUCGGAGUGAACUCUAGAGGUACCUGUCAGGUACACUGAGUGGCAUAAAGUAAUAGACUUUCUGUCGCUGAUCACUGUGCCCCAUUCUGUUGAGGAGAGCUACGCGGCGAGGUCAAGUCUGGGUAAAAUGUGAAACUGUGUGUGAGCACCAGAACAAGAGGAAAAAAACUUGAGUUUUCUCUGACUAACUUUCUCCAAGGUUUUUCCAAACAGCUCAUAAGUGCAUUAGGAUGAAGUCCAGCUCUUUUAGUUGGGAGUUACAGCUUCACAGAAGAAGUUCUUCUGAGUUGAAAAUAGAAGUAUUUUUGUCCUGGUAUGAGGAGCUAGAACUAACUGGUCUUGCUGUAAGGGUUCACUGGUGGAGGUCACUAGACUGGGGGAAGAUUUCCAGAGCGGUGACAUGUUCAAGCACAUACAGGAAAAAACCCAGCUGAUAAGGAGCUUGACUAAUGCCUGUUAUUGAUGCCAUUAGCUGAGAAUACCAGAGAUAUUCAAAGAGGGGAAAAAAAGGGAGAAAGUAAGCACAACAAGAAUAAAACCAUUUUUCUCUCAACAUAAACAAGCUUCCGUUUGUAGUGGAACAGAGCCUGAAAUGUUCUCUUUUCAGUCAAUAGCUCCUGCUUGUUUGCCCUCUCUCUCACUUUCCAACCAGACAUAGCUUGUGCUCGGAAGGGGGAUGGGAUUGUUUGGGCUUUUUUGAUGCCGGGCUGGACCUGGUAUAGGAUUUCUUUGGGGGGUUGUACCUGUGAGCAGCAUAAUACCCAUGUGAUGAAUGAGAGCACUGUUGUGGCUUGAUUGCCAGACGCUACUCACCGCUCCCACAUGAGCCGCUGUGAUUACCCGUCUCCCGUGAGGCUGCUGGUUUCCCAAUCUUCCCAGUAAUCACUUCAUCUGAAGCACACCUCCACGUGUUCUCCUUGCAGUUACUCCUCUUCCUACUUCAUCAAACUCGAACUACAAUAUUGACUUGAAUUGGAAGAGUGCUUGUUUUCUAAUCUACAGCACCGUCACAGCAUGCUGCAUAUGGGAGUGGGCUGAUCAGAUGUAUAAUUUUCCUCAGGAUGAGAGGGAGGGUGAAUUCCAGAGCUGGCCAUGUGAGAGCUUUUUUUUUUCUUCUUCCUCCUGUACCACCACCACCAGUGUUAAAAACAGUGUGAAGAAGAAAGCUCAUCUCGGUUAAUCUGGGGUGCCUUUCAGGUCAUUUCCAGGAAUUUGGCGUAUCUCCUACUCACAAACACAGCCCUACUGAAAAACCACCAGAUCCACUUGUUGCCUGUGCUUACAAAUUAAAAUAAACAUCUGCUCCAAAUGCAGGAAACCACUCAUAAAAGAAACCCACUGCAUGGUAAUAAAUUAGAACCAAAUAACAGAUCUGCUGCGGCUGUAAACAGAUGUUGACAGCUGACAAAGCAAACAGUUUCUUAUACAAACACACUGCAUCACUUAGACUAUUUACUCAUUUGUGAAUGUUGCGUUAAAUGUUGUUAACUUUGAUAUUUUUGCGUCUCAGCUUGACAUAAUUAAAGCAAAAAUGCUGAACAUCAUUAUCUGUCUGACAGUAACAGCUGUAGACUGUUAUUUCAGCUCAGCCUCCAUCUUGAACAGCAAACACAGUAUAUUUUUAACAGGUGGAUCAUGGGUUUUGCCAAUUUAAAAAGAUUCAAUGCAACCGCACUUUUGUUUGGCAUGUUUGGUUUUCUGAUUUAACUUAAGAAAAUGAAACAAAGUGGGGAAAAUAGCAGCGUUUAGAGAGACUGGUGAGUGAUGGAGACUGUAGUUGUAGGUAAUCCUCUGGUAUCCUCUUAUCCAGAAAGUCUUGUUGUCGUCCCUCUUGUGACAGCAGCAUCUCUCGUCUUGUGGUCCUGGGCUCCUGGUUUAGACACCUGUAUCAAUAUGUUGCUUGAGAUCCCCCUUGCUCUUGGUUUUUCCCUCUUUCCCUUUCUAUGCCUUCGUAAUGAGAGGAAAUAGUGUUUUCUCAAGAUUUAUCCCUGUUGUUUGGUAGAGCUGACCCAGUAUUCAGCUUGUUUCUCAACAUUGGGGUUAAGCUGGCUAUCAUCCCCUGCAGGUAGUAGACAAGUAUGUGAUGGAGCCCCAUUUAAAUAGAGUAAAAUGAGAAUUGUUAAAUAAAUAUGAAUGCCUCAUGGAUAUAAUUAUUUGUAAUGCAGAAAUAAGUUGCUUUUAAUUGGAUUUGCGGAGCUCUAAAACCAGCUGAUUAGAUAAUAAUAGGCCUCAGUGUUAUUUUUAUCCAUUUGUCCAGAAAUUGGGAUUUGGGCGGAUUUCCUUUGGCAAAAACACAAAUCAGAUUUCCUGUUUUUUUUUUUAACAUACUAGGAAUACAUAAGACAUAACAAGGUAGAAAACAGGUUCAGAUUACAGGACUUUGGCUGAUAUUUUGGUCAGACUUGUGCCAAAGGAUGUAUUUAACUAGUUUAAUAUGCAAAAAAUGGUCCUAAAAACUGAUGUGAGGUUGUUUAGAUUGUUAAGAUUCUCAUGACUGUGGAAACAUCUUUUGGAAAGACCGGCUAGACGCUGUUUUAAUUCCAAGGAUCAACAUUGGGAAGUCCUGGCGUCCUUGUACCUAGGUGUUUCAUCAUCUUAUCUAACCACAAAGACGUGUCAUUUGUUUGGAAGUUUCCACAUGAACCAUCAAAGAUUGAGUUCGAUGAGCUCACAUUGACUAACUUUAACCUUGAUUAACACCACAAAAAUAUGCAUCACAUGACUUCUGGCUUACAGCCUGGGGGGGGGAUUAUGUUGUCAAUAAUUGAAACCUGAUUUGGCCUUUUUUGAAGAUGAAGUCAUAGUGACAGCAGGGGAGCCCUCCCUGUUAUGUCACAGCCAGCUGUUCUUGGACAGUGAUUAUGUGUUUCGACAGACACGAUAUCUUUUCAAGUACCCGUGCUGGAGGUGAGAGGAACGAUGUCACCCCCUCCUUAGCUCCACACAUGCCUGCACACACUCGUACACACACACACGCGGAUGAUGCUUUAAGCUUUCAUCAUCAAUCAUCUGACAUGUUCAUGUUUGUAUGUCAUGGACCUUCGGUGUGCACUGUUAUUCACAUGGUUGGUCCUGUUCUCUCCAGCCCCUCUGUAUUGUAAAUCACUGCCAAGUCCACAAAAGUAAAGACACAUGCGCUUUGAUUAGUGGCAGCUCACCGCUUUAUGACACCUCCGGACAUGUUCAGAGCUGUUCCCCCCCUUUUCGGUUGUUAUCCCUGCGCCGUAUUUGCGGAGGGAGUGAUGUCACCAGUUUUGGAUUUAGACAAGAGCAAAGCGUCUGGUGUCAGUGCCCCUCACGACCAAAUAUAAUGACAGGCCUGGAACAGAAAGAUGCUCCACCUUUCAAGUGUGUUUUUUCAACAUCUCCAUUUUUGCAAGUGCAGUAAAUCAGCCGAGCUAAUUAUUGCACAGCUCGGAGUGGAACAGGUUGUGAUCUUGGCUUAAUUAGAAGGUCUGUCAAAGAGACAGGAAGAGAUCUGGUUCGACUAUGAUACAGCUCAGCUACGGUAGUUUGUCAUUGUUACAUCCUGCGGUUUGUCUUCGGUGUGAGAAAAAGAAAUCCGCUCAAUCCUCUGAUGAAGAGCUGCAUGUAUGUGUUAACUCUGCAUGCAUCUCACUUUCUGUAGAAAUUAGUAUAAUGUUAUGGGAGAAUGAACUGAUUCAACCUGAAGAAAAUGAAAGGAGUGAAUAAUUAUAACUCUGUCUUUUUAAUAUACAUUCACUCAGGUUCAAAGGGACUUCUUGUUUAACUGCAUGGCUGGCACAGAUUCUGUAGUUAUGUUUCAAAGAGUCAUUGUGCCUGCAAGGUUUAGAUCCUCUCUUUUCUAAACCUUUAAAUCAUGCACGCCGCAGCAGCAGCAGCAGCAGUCGGCUCUAUCCUCAGAGUAAUUGCUUUGGUCUUCUUAUGUAUUGAGAAGUCAAGGAGAGGUAUUUAGACAGAAAUAAAGUGGAUCUGGAAGUUAAGACAAGAAUGACCUUGCGAAAGUCUUCGCCGUCUGUGUUGGACUUCAUCUGCUUAGAAAUGCAGUGAGGUGUCUGUUCGGCCUUUUGUCUGUGUGACCUGCACACACAUUAAAAGCUUGUAACACGCUGGAACAAACCAUGCUAUGUGAGACCAAUCAGUUCGAGAGGCUAAUCAAUUUUAAGAGGUUAUUUGUGUGGUUUUUAGCCGCAAUGUCAUUCUGUCUGACAAUUAUCUGGUCAAUUUUUUCCAGACUGAAAUUCGAGUGAUCAUCAAUGACAUUUUGAGAAACGUUCAAAGCCACAAGGGAUGAACCCUAAUGACUUAUGGGAUCCCCUAGAUUUCCCUCUAGUACCACCAGUAGAUUCACGUUUUCUAUAAUAGUCUGGUAUGCUAAGCUGAGUUAAUACAAACAGCAGCCUCUGGUUUGAAUACAUAAAGCCGAUGCAGAGGUGCAAAAACCUGCAGUCCCUUAAAUGCUCUCUUGAUAAGCAAAGAAAACCCCAUGAGAGCUUAUAAAUUGACCUUUUUUGCAGCCAUUAGAAUCAUGUUUAAUCAGCCCAGUAUAUAUAUAUAUAUAAAACACUGCUUUUUCUCCCUAUGUCUCAUUUCUUUUUUCAUUACAACUCUACAGAGAGCGAAUACUUUUUCAAGCUCAUAUAAAACAGAGCUAAGUAUAUUAGGACCAGAAUUGGACAUGACUGAUUUGACUGAGGUGAAGAUAUCCCCCCAAGUUAUGUAAAAAAAUAAUAAGUUGUUGUGAUUUAACCAACUGCUUUGAUUCUGCACUGAUCCAGAGUGAAGUUAAUAAACAUGUUUAUCGCUUUUUUUGUCCUAAUUGCACUUUGUAGACGGUCCCUUGGCUAGCUGUGCGUAGAGGCUUGUCAUUUUCACCCAAAUUAAGAUAUUAAUCGAUAGUAAUGAGUGUAAAUAUUUGCCAGUGCAGCAGGUCAGCACUUCAACUAGUCAUCUGUAUUUUAAGGAACUUAUCAAGAUAAUGUUGGCUUGAUAAAAACUGUUGUAAAACUCAUAUUCGAAGCUGUCAGGUAAAGGAAAUUAGACUUUGAAAGAUUAGAAGUUUUUAGUGUAGAUGUUAUUCAAUCAAUCUUAUGAAUAAAACAGAAGGUCAGAUUUUAAAAACCUUAAAAAAGCUUCUUAAAUACUGUAACUUGAGUGAAUGUAAAAGUAAUAAGUCACUCCCCUGCCCCAACUGUGCUCAAGGAGAAGUUAGCGUGCUCACAUAAGCAUUUACCUCAAAGUAACUGCAAGCAUGGCUUCAGGUCAAGGUCAUAAUAUGCUCUCUGUUCUGCGCUGGUAUUGCCCUGAAGCUGCAGCUUGAAAGACAGCAUUUGCCAUAUGAAACAGUAACUGAAUACUCUGUUUAGUUCAACUUUCAAUGUAAAGCAGUGAUAAAAGUCUAAAAGUAUGUUAUUAUAUCAUAUCAGUAGAUCAGUCAUGGUUUGCUAAAGUUGAAACAUCCAUCCCUCAGUCAACUAUUUCAAAAAUAUGUAUUUUACUGUGUGUACAUCCAACAUUGUAACCUGUCUGGUGUUCCUGAUGAAGGUGAAGACAUGGUUGUCAUGAGUUUCCCCUCUUCUACAGUCGUACAGGGGCCACAAAUCAAAGCAGGAAUGCACUGCCCUGUUAUUGAAGUAACACAUGUACAUUUCUCCUGUAAACUGGAUAAUGUGUUUUUUUGCCCCGUCUGCUCCCUGACCCAGUUUAGAAUGAAGUGCUAAUUUUUACUUGCUCACUCUGACCCUGCUUUUUCUUUGCUAGGAUGUGACUGUUUUACUCUGAAGGUAAUUUUAAAGAGGAUUAGGGUUUUAUAUUUGUUCCUGCCAAUGAAAAAUGAGAGCAGAGUCAAGGAACACAGAUUUUACCCUUAACAUGCAAGCAGCUCUAAAUCUACCUCUGUGACUAGUAUAAUAACUGGAUUUUACAGCAUCAUAUAUGAAGUCGCUAAAUAUCUCCCACCUGGAUUUACAUUGUGAAAUAUGAAUUAUGAAACACUGUCUGUGCUGACCGCUGAGUGGGUUAACUCUGCAACCGUGUGUUUGCGUUUCAUUAUAUAGUGUCUGCCAAGGAGCUGGUGGUGACCUGCUGCGAGACAGGAGAGAAAUGGGCUUCGGCUAAUGGUCACUGCAACGACAUGGAGCCACCCACAAGAGAUAGGCACUCCAUCUGCUGGUAAGGUCAUAAUUAAACGCCCAUUCAUGCCAUUUGGCUCUGCAGACAGUCAAUCAUCUUAUUUAUGUGAAUAGGUAAGCCGUUUAUCUGCAUCAUUAGACAUACCAACAAGAUGAUUUGAGGAUGGGUGAUUAGAAUGACAUCAUGACUAAUAAUUGCCGUUAUUAUGAGGUGUUAUCUCAAAUGAUCUGUCACAUGAUAACCCCUUAUUCAUAGAAACCAUGACUGGUAAAUUACUUUGGUUUCAGUCUCUCCCCUAAUUCAAUUUAACAGCCAGACACUCCUUGUCGCUGUAGGGCCGCAGUUGCAGUCCAAAACACUUGUGCAGACCUCUCUCUUGUGUGCUUUUCUCUGCCAGGACUGCCCAACAACAGUGCUGCCUUGGUUCCCUGAGAGAAAAUCAGUGCUUGGCCGGGAUGAAUGCCGCCAAAGCUGGUAAUAUGUGCGGCGAUGCCAGUGAUAAAUGCGAGAUCAAUUCCUACGAGGCAAGUAUUUGUGACCAGACAGCAAAGGGCAGAAACAGUUCACUGGGUUCACAAACUUAACCGCAUUGUAAACUUCAAAUUAAGCCUGAUACAGGACGAAUUAGUCUCUGAUAAAUGAGUUAGUCAGCAGAAUUGAAAACACGUGUAGCUGCUACCUGUUUGUAGCCAGAAAAUUCUCUCUGCAGCAACUUUUCUCAAGAUAUCUCCUCUGAGUGUUACUACUCUGGGGCCAAUUCCCUGUUAUUUAAUUAGCUUAUUCUGUUAAGACUAAAUGAUUAAGCGCUAAUUACAAGUGAAAAUUCCCACAGUCCUUUAGCUCUACUUUUCCAUCUCCAAAGCAGACUUGAACAUCAGUCCCCCUCUGAAAUUAUGGAGCCACAGACUGAUAAUUGAUGUCGUUAAACUCCAGUAUCUGUAGACACAAGGCUAAUAUGGACACUAAUGAGGGUAAAGUCAUACAGUUUCUCAAAGCCACCCGUUUGCCAUCCGACCUCAAAGUGGAGGGAUACACACUUACUUGCCCUGAGGCCCCCUGAGCAGCAAGGGGCCGUUAUUGACUCUGUGCAGCAGUUCAGCUGUUAAAUAUCGCCUUUCACCACCUUUCUGUAGCACCCCUGCAGAUUUAGUGAUAUUAGGCCAUCUACAGCCACUGCACAUCACAGUGGUCAUUACCUCAGUUUUAUGUUUCGCCCUGACCCCCUGCACUCCAAGUGCUGAUCUUGCUGAGAGCUGUGGAGGUAAACAGAGUGAGAGGCUGUUUAACCACCGAAGUUGGAUUCAUCAAAUUUAGAGUUCAGCUGCACCGGUGGCUUUGACAAUUAAGCUCAGUAAACCUGCAGCUUGGGUUAACGCUGAUAUCCGGUAAUUAAAAUUGAAUGUUGUUACCUUUUAAAAGUAAUAUGUUAGAUUUAAAACCUUGAAAAAUUGUACAGUCAAGCAGAAAAUGAAUUAAAAUUUGAAGUACUAAUUUAACCGCGGUACAAGGGCAAGAUUCAAAGAUUUAUUAACCAUGAAAAUUAACAACUACAUUUACUUUAAGACUAUAAUCAGAGCUCGCUGUGGGAAUUCAAAGUUGUACCUCCUCUCUUGGAGCUGAUUUUGACUUAAGUGUUUUCAGCAAAUAACCUCACCCUGCUUUGUUUUAGUAGUCAAACACAUGACCUAAUCUGUGCCAUGGAAAAUGUAAUAAAAAAAAGGGUGUUUCAGCAGGAUGCUGGUCAGUAUGACUGGUACCUGCUCCCUGCUCGUGGUCUCUGACUUUAAAAAUAAAAGUAAAAAUAGACACAGUUAAUGGGACUUCCUUAUUUUAUGCUGAUGGUGUUGUUUGCACUUGUAGUUCAUGAGCAGGUAUCAGGUUGGAUUUCAGGCUGUUUCAUAGAGUUAAAAACUUAAUACAGGAGCUUUAAGUAUUUUACAGCUUGAAUAUUAUUUAAUCUGGCGGGAGAUUUUAUACUUUUACUGGAGUAUAAAUCAGUUUUUCCUCUACAUUUAUUGAUAACUUGAGUUACUAUGGGCUUUAAGAUUAAUAACAGAAAAACUGUCAAUAUAUUUCAUGAGAAAAUGACAUUUUAGAAACAGAGACAGACAGUCAAAGGAGCACAGCAGUAUAUAAAGUACUGAAAAUAGGUCCAACCUUAACUAUCCACAUUAUUACUGAGAUGUUCACACUUAUUGAUACAUUCAAGACUCUGCAGGGGUCAUAAUCUCAUGUGAAAGAGUUCAACAAAAGUAAAAGAACACAAAAUAUAGACCUAACUUCAAAUUUCAAAAUAAAAGGCAAACAAAAACUUUCAAAUGUCCAGCAAAAAGGGGAAAUACAGAGACUAUAUACACAUAGGGAAAUGAGCAACAGGUGAGAAAGACGAGAAACAGGUGAAACUGAUGAUUAAUCAAAAAAGGGGGAAAACCAAGGUAGUAAAAUUUUGACCUACACACAAGAAAAAAUAAAUCAGGAACAUUGGAAACUGAGGUGGGGAGUAAAAUAUGGAAAACACAAGGACAACAGGAACAUACUGUAAGUAUAAUGAAUACAGGAGCACAGAAAGAAAUACAGGAAAAUACAAAACAAAGACAAAACUAAACAGAGUGAACCCGUCAUGACUUGUUGUUUCUUAUUCAUACUUUUACUUCUGGUGCUUUUGGCAGCAUUUUGAUACAAAGAGUAUUGCUUAUUUGAAGAAAAUACUUGCUGCAUCUGUGAGAAUGAUCAGAGUCAUUUAAAUUCACUUACUAGACAAAAUGACUAGAGGUACUCAAUUUAUAGCAAAUCAUUCAGUUCUGAGACAUUUUACUAUAAAUCGCUUAUUGCUGCAGAAAAAAAGUGGGUGAAACAGCAAAGUAAGCAAACAUCUGUGGACCUUGGGAUUGCUAAAUAAUAUGGCAAUAAAUAAUGGCAAUCUAUCUGAUGGUUAUCGCAGUAUUUCUGUGUGCGGUCUCCAGUAGCAUGACUAGAAUAAAACAUUACCUGCAGCAUCUAGAACAGUGUUAUCUUUUCUAUUUAAUUGGAUAAAUAUGCUAAUCUGUGCAUGCAAGUAUUUAUAAAUGUUUACCAACUACAGCUGCUACGCACAUGAAACAUGAGUGCUCGUGUUGUGACCUUGCAGGAGUGCUGUGACUGCUGCUCUCUGGGACUGCAGUUCCGCAGAGAGGGGCUUCACUGUGAAGCCCACCAGUACCUGGGCUUCCACUGCAGACACGUCUUCCUAACCUGCUGCGAGGGUGAAGGGACCGGAGCUGGUGGUCAGGAUGGCCGGCACCCUGUUAGAGUAAAGCCUGCUGUCAACAUUACUACACCUCCAAAAAAAGGUACAGGCUGCAAUUAUCCACACAAGUCAAAAACUGUGCAGGAAAAGGGCUUUUGUCGGGUUGGAGCAUGCUGCACACACACACACACUCACACACUCUUACACACACACACACAAGUCCUCUGCCAGGGAAAAGUCCAGACUGAAACCUAAGACAAUCAAUUUUCUUUAUACUAGCUGUUAGAGGAGCAUGGUAGCAAGAUCCUCCAACCUUGCUGAGAAAUGGCUCGCCUCAUUGGCCUCCCAGAACAAAGUAUAAUGGACCAAGUCACCUCUGUACUGCGAGUCUCUAGAGCCUGUGUGACUCUGCACAGCACUGUGGUAAAUCCUUUUCGACGUCCAGGAUGCAGCUGGUGAUAUUCUAAGUCCGACUGAUUCUGCACCAGAAUUUGAUCAGGAUGUUUUCCAUCUUUAUGCACAUUUAAUUUUUGUAUAUUUCCUUAUCUACUGGUGCAUCAACAAGACAGAAAAAAUCCUCUUUUCGAGAAACUGACAGAAAAUAUCUCUGUGCAUCUUGUUAUGUUGUGGUUUUUCAACAGCCUUUGUAUGCAGGAGCAUUCCGAACUUGUGCACAAUGUGAACAAUUUGGCAUAUUGCUGCAUGUUUGUCCUUGCACAAAUAAAUACUACACUUAAACAAAUGAGAGAGGAAAUCCUCCCGAUGUGUUUUCCUUUCCAUUGAGGAAAUGAACUUUUUUUGCGUUUUCAAAUCAUCGCACAGUUUUGUCGCCCUGAGAGAACAACAGCCCCUCUCUCCCUCCAUGUGCCGCAGUGUCUGACAGUCCAUACCCUAAAGAAGCCUUCUCCAUCGGGGAGGAGCGGGAUGGGGAAAACACAGUGGAGGUGGAGGACAUGGACGAAUGCCUGAUAUACGAGGGCAACAUCUGCCACCACAGAUGUAUCAACACUCCAGGCUCCUUCCGGUGCGAGUGCUUCCCUGGCUACGUGCUGCAGGAGGACGCUUUCACUUGUGCCCUAGGUAAAGAGAAGACCACCAAAGUUGUUGUUUUGUCUCACAGCGUGAACAGACAUUUCCACUUGUGAUGCCUGAGCACAGGAAAGAGACUCUCUCUGUGUGUCAUUUGCUCUUUGAUUUAAGAUUUAUAGUCUGCUCUCCCGUCAGGAAGACCCCAUUUGAUAUAAUUUGUCUACACAUCCACGGUGUAUUAUUUUCCUGCUCUGUGUGGGUUCCUUCCUGUCUGCUGGGUCUGAUACUGCCUAAUAAUAGUUGUUCUAAUCACACACCAACAUCCCUUUCCUGGACUGACAGCAAUGCUAAGCUAAUCUCAUCCCUCCUGUUGUCAGAAGGCUUUUACAGCAGAAGAAAACAUUUUCUCUGCUUCGUAUGAAGUGAUUCAACGUCUGCUCGGAUGAUCAGUUUGGAAAUAUUUCUCAUGUGAUGCUGUGUGACAUUUCUGCAGUGCACCAGACUUUAAUCAACAGUUGCUUUCGCCUACAUGAGCCUGUCCCAACAGGAUUCUAAUGCCAGAGCUCCCUGCAAAUUACAGUGAAGGAUGGGGCUGACUAAUAAAACCAAAUGUUUGUCUGCGGGCAGUGUGUUUUUUCCUGCCUCACCUUCACAACUAUAACAGCUUUCAUCUUUCGCCGCAGUUCCUAGUUUGCAGCAUGGAAAUGGAGAAACUCCACAAGGUUAAAGCCUCUAACUAAAGCAGGCUGUAGAUGGAGAGGAGAGAUUCUUGAUUACAGUGUAAUUCAUCGCCUCUGUGAUGUGAUUAUUCAUGUUCCUGCAGAGUCGACGGAUGAGGAGAACAGGCUGAAAGAGGACGGCAGAGUGGCGGAGGAGCCCACUUCAACGCUUCCACCUCCCACCCAGCAAUCUGUCCUACUCAACCCCUGCGAAGGUUAGAAACAUACCUUGUAAUGAGGGGAGCUUCAAUGAGCACUUUCAUUCAUCCUUGUGUCAUUAUCAAACACUGGAACACGCAUCUAAAUGUAGUCCAGGCCAGCACAGUCUGUUAAGUGCUGAUAAACUAUUAUUCCCAUUUCUUCUUUUGCUCGUAAUCGAAUCGCGCUUUAAAUGUCAAACACAAACAGCGAGAUGUUAUCAAAGGUUAGUUUUGUUUUCAGCAUCAGCCACUCAUUCUCACCAGUUCCCGAUGUCAUAAUCUGCUCAGGGUCACACUUUUGUUCCUCUUGUUUGGUUUCCAUGACAGCAGGGUGGAGGUCUACUACAUCGUGGGCCAAAAAGUAGGAAAUACAAUAUAACAAGGUCAGGGAUCAAUCUGGAAACGGGAAAUGAGUCAAGACAAAUGCAGUAAAUAAUGUCUUUGUAUUUCAUCCAGAGCCCCAAAUUCUCCCUCUCCUGUUUCAAUCUGAACACUUUCAUGUGAAGCACUUAAUUAUAUUUCAUUUGACCUCACUGUAAAGUAUUAUUUUCCAGGGAACAGCCCAUGUGAGCAACACUGUACCUCAGCUGGGGGAAGGCCGCAGUGCUCUUGUUUCCCCGGAUUCUCCCUAAUGGUUGACGGACGCUCCUGUGAGGGUAAGAAACCUGCAUCGCAACCAAAGUCGAGCAAGAAACGUCUUGAAAUUCGAGCCAAUUUUUCAUUUUUCUUUCUGAGUGAGAGGAGUUGCGUUUCAGUCGAGGAGAAUUUCUUGGCACUGAGUUUUCUCUGAUCAGCGCCCAUAGAUUUUUCGAGGAGAUACAGCCCUAAUCCCCUUCAUUCUCAGCUGCACACUGUGGUGCUGACAAAAUGCAUCAUCGCAGAAUAUCUGAGCGAAAUCAUCCUAGAUAUUUCUCCUACUUUCGCUCAGAACGCUGUCGGACUAAUUGUUGUAUCAUGAGGCAGAUCAGCUGCUGCCCUGAGCGUCCACGCUGCGUCUUUGGGGAUGUUUCUAUUAGUAAGGUCGUAACCAUUGGUUUGUUUCCAGUUUGACAGCAACAAACUGUGGCAGUGUCAUAAAGAGAGACUCCUCGUGGUGACAAAUUUCUCAUCGUUUGGAUGUUAUACCCUCUGGCCUUGUCCAUAAUCCUCCACCCCCUAGAGGAUGGUCUGACCUGUCUCUUUAAUCUGCGUCUGUUUCAAACCGACCACAGGCCCUGCCUCCUCUCUCCAAAAGAUAUUCAUCCACGAGCUUCUUCUCUGCACUUUUCAUCAUUUAUUCUCUUUAUGCGCUCUGACACAUUUGUCUUGUAUUCUUCUUUUUUUUUUUAAACCUCCAGAUAUAAAUGAGUGUUUGUCCGCGCAUGCCUGCCAGCUGAAUGAGCGCUGCAUGAAUACGGCUGGGAGUUACAUCUGUCAGAGACUGAUCACCUGUCCCCCAGGACACCAGAUCAACAAUGACAUCUGUGAAGGUACACAGCGCCUUAUCAGCGCCAAACGACUCACUUCCUUCGCAGUAAAUAUGUUGUAGAUACCAGCCGAGCAUUUGUUUUACAGCAUGUUCACAAUCUAAGGAAGGCACAUUGUUCAGGCAAACAAUCGCCUUCACCCUCCUGCAGAAGGAGCAUUCAAAAUGAUUUUUUUCUGCGGCUCUCCUCAUCCAGAGAUCAUGCAAAGUCACAUCCAAGUCCUCAUAAAUGGAGUAGUCAGGAGGAAUCCUUGUGCAGAGAGCUAUUUUGCUUGUGUUUGCUUGCUGUUAACUCUCAGUAUAAAGAGCUGCCUGGCCUCAUGAGUGGGUGGUGUCCAACUUUUAGGCGCAGUAGUAAACCUCCCAAUACGUCUCAUUAUUUUCAUGCACCAUAAAUUUGGUCGGUGCAGAGGGCUCAUUCAUAAAGCAGCAGCAGUGCUCAGGCAGAAAGGACCCCUCAGAUGACUUUUAGCCUGAUGUGCUGUUUGCCUCUGCAGAUGGUUUUCUCUGGGCUCACUUAAGGAGACCCGGCUAAUGUGCAGCUACUCCUGAACUUAAGGAAUGUUUAAUCAGGCUAAAUGAGAAUUUAACAAGAAUGUAUGUUUAACAGUAAGACGCCUAACAGCUGCUGCUGCUUAGCAUCCUACUGCACAACCUACUCCCUAGUCAUGACUUACAAAGAGACCAUAAUUAAAUGUUUUUUUUUUCUCUUCUCUCAAAUGAAGCCAAGUCACUAAACGAAAAGAAACUGCAUCUUUUUCCACUUCUCUGAGCGAAAUGAAUCCAUUACUACCAUAAAUUACCAUCUACCACCCUGCAUCAGUAUCUACUGUCUCUGAAACCAUAAGCGUUAAGCAGUCUUAGUGUAGAAAUCUCAUCUUAGUGAAGCUCAGAUGACACCAUUCGAUGUAGCCUAGCAUAGAGAGAGAACUAUUCAUUAUAUCAAUGGAUAUAAUGAAAACAAGAGUAAUAGAUAUACAGUGGUGGACUUCUUUUAUGCUUCUGCAGGUCAUUUUCUCAGAUACAGAUAAGAUACUGUAUAAAAGCAUACAGAAAAAUCAAAUAGAAGCAAACACAGUCCUCAUUCUGUAGCCAUGCUAGCUGCUAGCUUGUGGGGUUGUCUUUUGGGUCAGAGUGCUAAAAGAUAAACAUCAUCUAUCACAAUACUUUCGCCAAUAUUAGCCAAAUUAUACAUUUUAUAUGAUGAUGGUACUAGAUUAAAGGUUGGAGUUUUUUUUAGUUUUUGUACUGAGUCCUGAGGGUGAAUUUAAAUCUUUCAACCAAUUCAUUUGGAAUGAAAGUGAGAAAUUAGCUGUCGAGUUUGGCUUCACUGAAAAAUACAGCAUUUCACCUCAUGGUGGUGCUAGAGAGGAAAAAUUAAGAGGAUAGUCAAAAUUAUUAAUCGCCUGGUAUGUUAAAAAUAAAUAAAUACUUGUAGCUUCAAAGCAGCUGUUGAGCAAUUUGUAUCUGAGGAAUAAGUGGUGGGAAACAGAGCUAAAGCUAACACACCCAAAUAAUAAACACUAUUCUGAUGGCAUUUCUAUUUAUUAAUUUUACAGAUAGUAUACAGAAGACAUCUUACAGCAAAAUAUAUAAAAACAUUAAAAGCAGUGCCAUGAUCAGAGAUAAUGUAUCUGCAGUUACUACCUCCCAUAAUGCAUCAUAAGAACAUUUAUAACAACCUCUAUAAGUGUUUAUAGGUAUUCAUAACAGCUUAAAGUAAUGUUGACAGAGUGCUAUAAGAAGUGAGGUGAGCAUAGUGGUUUUAAAGGUGUAGUUUGUAAUGCAAUAUGAAUAUCUUCCCCUCCUUCCUGGCUCUUCUCUUCUCUCUCGCUCUCUCUCUCUCUCUCACUCUGCUCCUGUCUAUGUUGCCAGGCUUGUGUCAGGAGGAAGAAGCUCAGUCACCCUUUUUACUGUUUGGAGUCCUGUCUUAUAACAGCAGGCAGCUCUCCUGUACUGCCUUUAGGCCUCCAUACAGCAAUUACUGCAGCUACACUUAAGUCUCUCAUCCGUCACUCAUACAUACACAUCAUGCACAUACACGGGUGUUAAACUUACGCACCUCGUUUUGGUUCUUUUGAGGUUAUGAUUUCCCUCCAGCGUUGGUUAAUGCUACACAACAGAUGUGCGAGCUUGAUUGGCAGAAAGAGAAUCUCGAGUAGACCGGUUUCAGAGGACUCUGUGGAUAUAUAUAUAUGGAAAUGUAAAUUCUCACACUGCAAAAGGGAACUACUGCAUGUGGCUCCUCUCAGUUUGACUCCAUUGAUUAGACGUAUUUACCUAGGUGAAAUAAUAACCUCAUUCAGACCGCUCUCAUUGUAGAAAGAGGAAUGAGUUUAGAUAAUGCUCCUUUGCUGUGAAACAAUUGUUUCACUCCUGAUUAACCUCUGGAGAGGAUUGAUUAGGGAUGCUGUAUAAUAGAUGAACAGCAGUCAAAUUGAGUCGCUGUACACUCAGCCACUUAACCACAGUGCCAUCUGGUGGUAGAAUGUGGCAUUGCAUGGGUAUAUUUUAUAACCUGGAUGUUUUUAGUGAAGUAUUAGACUGAAAUAAAUAUGUAAUUUGUGUUUAAUUUUCAUUCAUUACUUUUCAGCUAAUGUUACUCUUUUUUCAGAUAUCAAUGAGUGCGUGCAGCAGAGUCAUAACUGUGGAUCUGGGUUUGAGUGCGUGAACACACAGGGCUCGUUUAGGUGCAACCCCAGACCUCAUUGCUCUGUGGGUUACAACCGGGACUCACAGGGUGUAUGCAUGGGUAAGUAAAAUUACACUUCAGAGGGAUGGAUGGACGGUUAUUGAAAGUCACAUGUUUAAUUUUUUCAGUAUUUUUUGUGCUACAGAGUGAAAGAAACAACUUGAAGAGUGUUUUUUUGGACAUCCCUCUUAGAUAUGUUCCACUUGACAUAGAUAUUCAAAAAAGCAAAGCGUCUCUUGUCUCGUUGUGUAUUACAGAAAUCAUUAAUUUUAUUAUUAGAGAUGUAUUAUCUCUUCAAACCCCAAGUGUGUGACCCAGAACGAGCACACAAUUUACCCACAGUUGAAUGGAGGUCCACGGAAAUACAAGGGUGUACACCGUGCAGGUGAAUCGGCACGGCUGCAGUGUCAGAGGGGUUAAAUGCCACACAGACAGGAGAUCAGAGAAGUUGCUGUUAGGGGCUGCAGAAGGGGUGGAUAAAAGCCAAUCCUCUGUCCUCCUCCAGUACAAACUGAUGCUGUGGAAUUAGCCCCCAGGGGCAGGAACUGAGGCAUGUCGAGGCAGCCGACGCCCCUGUAAAAAGAAGUGUAAAAGAAUUGCUCUGAGAUAUUAGAAGAUUGAGAAAAUGUCAGACACACACGCACCACAGAGUUAUACAAGGGGAAUGCGAGUGUGCGCUGUGUGGUUGCUUUGAAAUCACAGUGUGGCUAAAGAGCUGCCCUCAGGUCUCUGUACCCGGUGACUUUGUGUCUUUAUUGGUCUUCUGUCUUCAUCGUCUUCUGUCUUUCUGUGAUGCAGACAUUGACGAGUGCAACGCUUUGGCCCAGCCGUGCAGUCUGGGAUUCAACUGCAUAAACACAGUGGGAUCAUUCAUGUGUCAGAGGAAGAUCGUAUGUAGUCGAGGCUAUCAUGCCAGUCCUGAUGGGUCCAGAUGCAUUGGUAUGAUUUGUAGCUGUCACACGUGUGCCGAGUUAGAGUUAUGAAGAAUAAUCUCAUGUUUUCCCAAUGCAUACACAAUUUAUUUUUACAUUUUUUGCAUUUAAAUUGGCUUUCUUUGAUUUUUGCAAACUUUACAUGCUGCUAAAAUAGUCAGUUUGAAGCAAAUAUGUAAAACCAUCUUGCAUUGUUGCUCAAGAAGACAUAAAACACAAUUGUUAUGGUGAUAAACUUGCUAAAGAAUUGAUAAUAAGAUGAUUUUAUGCUAUGGUAAAACAUGGAAGUGCAAGAUGGCCGCCUCUUUUGUAGGGGACCCUCUCCAAAAGGUUCAUUAUAAGUAAACAAAACAGCUUCAUUAAGGAGAUUAAACACUGAUUUAAAUAUAUACAUAAAUACUAUUAAUCCAAUUCUCCCAAGUCCACUCUGCUAAAAACCACACACUGUACCUUUAAUUUAGCUAAUUACACGCUCUUGUGCUGAAGGCUUGGCCCUAAAUAAAAUGUGUUUUGUUAUUGAAGUGGUUGCACUUUAGUGGCAUUUUCAUUUUGCAUUUUUUUUUCCAUCUCAUUUCAAACAUGUCGUCCAGAUGUGGAUGAGUGUCAGAGCAGUCUACAUCGGUGUGGAGAGGGCCAGCUGUGCCACAAUCUGCCCGGCUCCUACCGCUGUGAAUGCCAAACAGGCUAUCAGUACGACUCUUUCAGGAGGAUGUGUGUGGGUAUGUUGUUUAUAAUCAGAUCUGCUACUAUUUUUAAGUGGAAGAAGUUGAGAUUCUUGUACAUUUCUCUCUCUGCUUUGCUCGUCUUCUUAUUCUUUCCUCUCCUUCAUUGCUUCAUUCUACUCUUUCACACCAGCGUAGAGCCACCCCUCUUCUCCGCCUGACUACUCUGCUGCUCCUGUUUAUUAUUCUGCAGUGGGAGAGCUGCUGCUGCUGCCUCCCCGGCUUUACUUUGCUUUGCAGUAUAUCCACUGGGCCGAUCACGUCUCCUGCCGCAGAGGACUCCGCUCUGCCCCUGCUACUGCUGCUGCUGCUCCCUCUGUUUGUGAUUCACUGUGUUGUGACUCUCAUGAUAAUGGACUCCGCUCAAGUGUUUAGACUAUCAGCAGGCAGCUGGUCCCCUCACAUCACACUCUCGUUGACAUGCACACAUAGACACGCACAGGCAUGCACACGUAUGCCACCCAGCUCACGCUCGGUCGAUCGCACUUGCACACAUGGAUGCAAACACAUAAACGCAACACACACUAAACAGAGAUGAUGAUGACACUGCCUCUCCUUCGUCUUCCUUGCAGAUGUAAACGAGUGCUGGCAGUACCCGGGCCGCCUGUGUGCCCAGACCUGCGAGAACACCCCAGGGUCAUAUGAAUGCACUUGUACCACUGGUUUCCGCUUAUCCAGCGACGGCAAGAACUGUGAAGGUGCGAGUGUGUGCGAGUGAGUGUAUGUGUGUGUGCAUCUAUGUGUACAUGUUGGUGCAUGUGGAUGUAUGUUUUUGUGGAUUUGCGUGUGAAAUUAUCCCUCUGUGUGUGAAUGAAAAGUGCAGAUUCCCAGACAAAGCUUAUAAUAUCAAACAUCCUCCGCGCAGCAUGUUGCAAAAGAGGAUUUGCAGCUAGAGGUAUUAUAGCUGUACAUCAUCCAAUGCCUCCAAGCCAAACCAGUAAAAAACAUAAUUGGCUUAAUAACAACAUCAUGUUUAUAUGUUAGGAUAUAAACAUAGAGAAUCCUUUGAUCAAGUGAAAAGUGACAGUAAUGAGCUCAAACUGCUCAUCUGCAGACGUGAAUGAGUGUUUGGCCAGCCCAUGCAGCCAGGAGUGCGCCAACAUGUACGGAUCGUACCAGUGCUACUGCAGGCAGGGCUACUACCUGAGAGAAGAUGGGCACACCUGCGAUGGUGAGGCGCUGUUACGCACAUUUAAACCGCACUUGUUCGAAUUAUGAUGAGUCUCACAUGAUAUGAAUCCUCAUUUUUCAUCCAGACAUCGACGAGUGCACCCAGAGUAUCGGCCAUCUUUGCACCUAUAAGUGUGUGAAUGUUCCUGGCAGUUAUCAGUGUGCCUGCCCUGAAUAUGGAUACAACAUGUCUCCAAACGGACGCUCAUGCAGAGGUGAAAAGAGGACAACAACAACAAAUCGCAUGAACUAACUGUCUUGUAGUUUAUUCUCUACAUGUCCCUAAUUGAAUUCUUCUCUGUGUUAGAUUUAAAACAUUUCUGCGUCCGUUCAACUCUUCAUAAAGUGCACAGUGCUGGUUAUGCUCAGAUAAAUGUAAUUGGUCCUUUUAGAGCCGCUCAGUAAUAGCAAAGGCAAUAAAACUUUAUUGGCCGAAAAAUCUUGUCUUACUAAUUUGAAUUUUUACUGGAUCAGUUUCUACCCCCCAUAAGGACUCGUUUCUGUCACGAGUUUCAGCAAUGAGAUUUGCUCCUGUGAAUAACACACUUUUUCCUCAAGGCUCCAGGCAGUAAACCAGCCCUUGUGCAUAAAUGUGUGUUUUAGAUAUUGAUGAGUGCACCACAGGGGCCCAUAACUGCUCCUUAGCUGAGACCUGCUACAACAUCCAAGGAGGAUACCGCUGCCUUUCACUUAACUGUCCGCCAAACUACCGCAAAGUGUCUGACACGUAAGUCAUGAAAUCAAUGUACCGUUAUUAACAAUAUGAUACCUCAGUGAUCUCUGGUGAAAGCCUGACAUGCUGUUAUGUUUGGAAACUGAUAAUUGUGCGAAGAAAAGGAUCUCUGGGGUGUUUUUUCUUUUGAAAAUGAGUUGUUCUCAUAAGACCCGUUUUCCAAAUAUUCUCUUACCUCCCCCUGCAGUCGCUGCGAGCGCAUCAGCUGUCCCGACUACCUAGAGUGUCAAAACUCUCCUCUGAGAAUCACCUACUACUACCUCAGCUUCCAGUCCAACAUCGUCAUCCCCGCGCAGAUCUUCCGCAUCGGACCGUCCCCUGCUUACUCAGGGGACAACGUCAUCGUCACCAUCACGCAGGGAAACGAGGAAAACUACUUCAGCACCCGGAAGCUUAACGCCUACACGGGCGCCGUGUAUCUGCAUCGACAGGUCGAGGGUCCGAGGGAUUUCUUCAUUAAUGUGGAGAUGAAGCUUUGGAGACAGGGGACGUUCACCACGUUCCACGCCAGGAUCUAUGUCUUCAUCACAACCAGCUCACUCUAACAGCCAGAGAUGGACUUUUAAUUUGUCGAUGAGAACUUUUUACAUCACUAUUUAACAAUGUCAGAAAGUUUUGUCAUAUUGUAUACCACUGCCUGUACUUAAUCUUGCUUAUUUUUAGUUUAUAUUCAUUAAAUCCAUGAGAGUGGUGGAAAAUUAAAACAGAUAAAAGCUUCUUUUUCACCUCAGUUGCAUGAAAACCCUCUCAUGUAAAACAAUAAUUUUCAUUUAGUGCUUGAAAUUCUCAUUUUGGCAUUAUUAAUUUGCAACACUCAAAAGAACAGAUUGAAAAAUAUGUUUCAUAUUAAGACAAAAAAACUUAAAUCUAAAUCUGAAGUGAUGAGUUUAAUUAAAGAGUCAAAGAUAUUUAUUAUACUGCCAGAGUGAAACAGUUUCUAGUCAUUUUUGCUAAUAAUAAUGUAGGUGAAGCUUUUGCCUGUUUUAUAUCUUAGUUUUCUGCUCAUACCAUCCAGUUAUCAGACACUGACAUGUAAUUUAAAAACACAUAAGUGAGAGCAGAAGAAAAUCUCAUGUAGGAGCUUCAGAUUCAGUGUCUAAAUAACUUCCUCUUUUUCUAUUGUGUGCUGCUCUUCUUAUUUGAAGUAUUUUAUAUUAUAUAAUUUUAUAUAACUCUACCUGAUGUAUUUUUUUGUAUCAGACACAUUAUGAAUGGAUGUAUCAUAUUUCUAAUACUAGAUUCUUAUGUCUUUAAAAUAUUUUAGUAAAAUAUUCAAAAACACCAAA